AUGAGCCUGAUCCUGCUGGCGUUCUGCACCCUCAGCCCUCUUAUUACAGCAUAUAAACCACUUCGUCCACGCAAUGUGAAGCUAACAUCAGUGGACAAGGGCUUAAAAGUAACAUGGGACCCACCUAAUGAGCUGGACGGUCGGCCAGUGGACCGCUACAGUAUUGGCUAUGGCAAGUCUAUGAGAUCUCUUCGUUUUAUCACUGUGGACAAGAACCGGCGCUCUGAGGUACUGAAGGAUGUAGAACCUGGAGUCCUGCACUUUCUCAAAAUGAGUGCUGAAAAUGAGGAGGGAAUGAGUAAACCAGUGUACAGGGCAGAAACUCCAGGAGGAGGAGAGUGGGUAAAACUGGAUGGCUUUCCUGUUGAAGGCAGAUCUGUUAACGGCUCCUCACCAGGUAGAAGGUCACCUGAGUUCUCUAAGAUAAACCCUCGUCCCUCAGUUCAGAGACCGACACUGCAGCAGAGAGCCCCUCAGUCCUCCUCGGGCCCAGAGGCUCCACGCCGGGGAUACCUUCCCAUACGUCCCAACAACAAACACAGAGUGGACCUUAGUCAGCCCCAGGCUGACCAGCGCAAUGCUAACAAGCCCAAAUUAGCAUCUGAGUCGGUCCAUGUGGUCUCACUGCAGGCACAAAAAACCCCAAUAAGGAGUACACCAAUCAACAAGGCUGAAAUCCCUCCUCCAGAGCCCGAGUUAGUGGAAGAGGCAGAAGACGUAACGGUGAGAGUUCAGUCCGCCCAGUCGGUCCUCAUCACAUGGAUAGAUCCACUGGUCCAGAAACAAAAAAACAUUCCUGAAGGCACUAGGCAUUACACUGUAAGGUACAGAGAGAAGGGAGAAUCUGCUCGGUGGGAGUAUAAGGAGACCACACAGAGGCGACUCCUGAUUGAGAAGCUUUCUGCAGAUGGAAUGUAUGAGUUCUCUGUUCGAAUUACCCAAGGAGACGAAGAGGGGAAAUGGAGUGUGUCUGUAUUCCAAAGGACUCCUGAAUCAGUUCCUUCUGGCCCUCCUGAGAACUUUGAGGUGAAACCACUUCGAGGGAAAGGCACUGCUAUCACAGCAACAUGGGAUCCACCUGAUGAACCCAAUGGUAGAAUUAGAGAAUACAUCCUCUCUUACGCUCCAGCAUUAAAACCAUUCGGAUCAAAGUCAGUAACAUAUCGAGGCACGCUUACCUCAGCAACUGUAGAUGGACUGACCCCAGGUGAUCGCUAUAUCUUUAAAAUACGAGCGGUUAACAGGAAAGGACAAGGACCACAGUCCCAAGCUUUGAGUGUUGUUAUGCCUAAAUCGAGCACAACAGCUUCAGGAUAUUCCACUCAGUUUAAGAUCCCCUCUAGAGAAUCUACAUCUGAAGAGUCGGAUGACCAGGAAACGGAGGAGAUCGAUAAACCUGAUACUACUACCACUGCUCCGCCAACUUCACCAAAGAUAUCCCGGCCCUUCUCGCAGACACGAUCCUACCACAGCAUUUUUUCAUCCGUGAGGGGUUCUGUCAGGCAUUCGGGGUCUAAAUCCAAAACAUUCAUGGAUAGAAAUAAAGAAGAGGAGGAGGAAGAGACAGCAACAGAGGAACGGACAGAUGAAAAUGAAGCAGCUGAAAAUUCCCAGCCUGAAACUGCUAAUAAUGUCCCAUCAAAAACUAGGGGGAUGGAACAUAAAAUUCCAUCUGGGCCCAAGAAAUCAGGCUCUUUACUUAACACUCAGACUUCCCCUCCAAAGCAUUUCUCGCUUCCUAAAACACAGGACCAUCGGCAUUCCCAGUCUUUGACACCUCGGACAUCCUCUAUUGGUAGUAGACGGCCAACCUCUAGUAGCUCUGGGUCACGGACAAGAAAUCAAAAUGGACCAUCUUACAAUUUACCCAACAUCCAAGACUCUGUAAUUGCCAAAAAAGUAUCCACCAGUUCUGAGGAAAAGAUCAGUGCUCCGGAAACAAAGUCACCCACCCUAUCUGGUCACGACACAAAGACAGGAAAAGAUAAAAAGCUCUCAUCAUCAUCAUCAUCAUCAUCAUCAGCUUCCUCGUCAUCAGAAUCCUCCUCAUUACCUUCUUCAUCUGGAAUGAGUAGAGUUUCUAACCCUGCAACUCGAGGCAGAGCCUCAGGAUCUAGUUCUGUUUAUUUAAAUGGCCGAAGAAUAGUUUCAAACAAGGGUCACAGACAACAACCAGAACAAACUUCAAAAGAAUCCAGUCCUCCUGCCAGUAAAAAUACCCACCCAACCAGCAUCCAAGAUACAACCAAUUCCAACAAGAAUGACCUUGAAAUUAAAGAAAAGGACAUUAAAAAUAAUGAAUCUCCAUCUUCUCCUUAUCAGUAUACGACCACUCGACCCCCUAUCAAAGAGGAGAAAUCAACAGAAAGGUAUACUGAUACUUCAAAAGACAGUAACUCAGCUUCAUCUCAAACACCUUCUGAAACAAGCCCCUCUCAUACAGGACAGUUUUCCUCCUCGGCUAAUAGAAAUUCCAGGAUAGUAAUGGGUAGUCGAAGAAAGGAUAGCAGGGUCCCAUGGAGCAGGCUUGCUUCUUCUGUAGGAGCAAAGAGUCCAAUUCUGAGAGGACAUGAGCUCAGAGAUAAAACCAAAGAUUCCCCAACAACCUACACCUCCAAACAUUUACCAGAACAAACCUCUGCAAAACCUACAAAACAAACCGUUUCAAACAACAGAUUAACUUCAUCUAAUGAUCCCACUGACGACAGAGAUUCACAGACUAGCAAUUAUCAUGAAGAUGAUUUACCUUAUGAAGCCACCAAAGAAACAUAUGAAAUUAGCCAGAAAAAUGUUGUUCCAACUGCUUCACCUACUACCUCAGAGGUUAAAGAGUCUCAGCGACCUGUGCAAAAGUCUGGCACUGGUUCUCAGUCAGUCUAUACCUCACCCCGGAAAACUGGUUUGGGUUUAAAUGAAAAGGUUCGUUCUGCUCUGCUGGGAAGUCGUCUGAACGAGUUACGGCUCCGUGGUGGGUUACAGCCAGCGCAAAAACCAAAGUUGGGCUCUCCUUCUAGACAAGGAUCUUCUUCACCAGCCAUUUCAACUUCUUUAUCUUCUUCUGCAUCCCAGCAACAGCAGACUUCACCUACAAACCAAGUCACAAGUUCUAACAAAGACAGCAAUGAGAGAUUGAGUGUGGACUCGAACUUACGCUCCCAACCGAGGCAACCUACAACAAGUGAAAAUUCAAAUGGUGCAAAUCAAGGUGUCUCGUCAGCUCCGGCUCGUAAUCCAGUGAUGGGAUCAAGGGUACACUUUCCCGGCAGAUCUUCCUCUUCUUCAAGGAGCAAAGCCCCAGUCAUCUUGCCUAAGCCUACUUAUAGGCAAGCCAAAAACGGACGACCAAACCUUACAGCUUCAAAUGGCAAAGUUACAUCAACAUCGAAUGAAAAUACAAAGUCAAAUGAAGUCAAAUAUAUCACAGGCCCUGAUGGAUCCAGAUGGGUUGUAGAUCUGGAUAAAGGGGUCUUAAUGAAUGAAGAUGGAAAGGUUUUGCAGGAUUCUAGAGGCCGACCUAGGAAAGUAAUCCUUGGAGAAGAUGGCAAAACCAUUUUUGAUGAGCAAGGCAGCCCGUUAGUAAACCAGGAAGGUAUGGCACUGUUUGGUCAUGGGAGGGACAGCCGGCCAGUGGUUAACCCCAAAGAUAAGAUCCUCACUGUGGGUGGAAAACCUGUAGUGGGAUUGGAUCGCCCUAAACCCAGCACUACGACAAUAGCAACCACGACUACAACAACUACAACCACCACCACAACCACUCCUCAACCCACAACAACAGAGAUGACAACAUCUGAAGAUUACUACUUUCCGACCUGUCCCCCUGGAACGUAUUCAAGGCUUGAUCAGAAUGGUGAUCCCAUGAUGGAUGCUAAUGGAAUAAUGGACUGCUACCCAGAUGAUGAGUUUUUCACAGAGACCACGGUGCCUCCUACUACUCAGCUUCCCACCACAACAACUCAGCCAGAGUUACGCCACGUCAACAACGGCCCGUCCUCUGAAUUUGAUGCUUCUGGCAAGAAGCGCUUUACAGCUCCUUAUGUGAACUAUAUCCAGAAGGAUCCAGGUUCUCCAUGUUCUCUGACCGAAGCUCUGGAGUACCUACAGGUGGAUGUCCUUGCAGAUCUUAUAGAAAAGGACAACAUAAUAGCCAGCCAGAGGCAGCCACCCAAACACAAACCCCAGAACAUUACAGUGAUUGCCAUGGAAGGGUGUCAUUCAUUUGUAAUCUUGGACUGGGCCCGCCCACUGAAGGACGACAUGGUGUCCGGGUACAUGGUGCACAGUGCCUCCUAUGAUGAUGUUCUUAACAACAAAUGGUCAUAUCGCCUCUCAAAUAGCACUGACCUACCUGUAGAGAACCUCAAACCAAACUCAAGGUAUUACUUCAGAGUUCAAGCAAAGAACAUAUUUGGUCUAGGUCCGAUCAGUGAUACGUUAACUUAUGUAACAGAAUCAGAUGAUCCACUUCUUAUAGAGAGACCACCAGGUGGCGAGCCUAUCUGGAUUCCUUUUACUUUUAGAUACAAUCCAACCCACAGUUCUUGUAAAGGAAGUCAGUUUGUCAAGCGCACCUGGUACAGGAAGUUUGUUGGUGUGGUUCUCUGCAACUCACUGCGCUACAAGAUCUUUAUGGCAGAUGGGCUUAAAGACACAUUCUACAGCAUUGCUGAUAGCUUUGGCAAUGGAGAGGACCACUGUCAGUUCGUAGAUUCCCAUUUGGAAGGAAGGACAGGACCACAUGGCCUCUCAACCUACCUACCCCCAGCUCAAGGGUACUAUCGCUCAUACAGACAGGAGCCUGUUAAUUUUGGGCCAAUAGGCAGGCGUACGUCUCAUAAUUUCAUGGGAUGGUAUGAGUGUGGAGUCCCAAUCCCUGGAAAAUGGUAACAAAGGACUUUUGGAAUGCCAGUCCCUGCUGGCAGCCACAUUUCACCUUACUGCAGCCUCCUUCUUUCACUGUUUGCCAGUUCCCACAAAAGAACUUGAACAGCCAUGACAACUGAACCCUAAACCAACGCUCCGUUUCUGUCAAAGAGGAUAUAAUACUUCAAAUAACAUAUUUCUAUAUAAAGUAACUAUUCAAAUAUUAAGCUUAAGCACUUUUCAAACCAGUAUGUAUAUGAGGAAAUACAAGCAUGUGUGCUCAAAUUAUUAAAAAACAAUCAUUUUCAGGGAUAUUAUACCCUUAAUGGCCAAAUGGCUUUUAAUUUUAUAUUAGUCUGUAAUAAUUUAUCUAUGUAUGAUGCAGUAGUAGUUUUAAUAGGACCUGCAGUGUACAACACAAGCACAACUGAAAAUGGCUGAAGCUUUAAAAUACAAUGACCUAUACAAUACUGAUGUUACCAAAUCUGUCAUUUCUAAUAGCUUUAAUCAUUCUGUACUUUUAUUUUGUAUCAUAGUACUUUUAGUGACAGUUGGCUUGAAAGUAUUGCCCAUAUUAGGGCUGAUAAACUGAUUUUAUGUUUUAUUUCCUCAGGAAAGGUUGAAUACUGAAUAACGAUACUUUAGAAGACAUGGAAACCACUAAUGUUUUAAUUUUACAUUAAGUAAAUCCUAUUACCACAUUAAAAAUACUGAAAAACUUUUAUAAAAAUGGAACAAUUCAAUUAAAUCUCACUUUGUCAACACAGCUAGGAGUCUUUUUAGACAUGUUUUAUACAAAUUCACCCACUUUUUUUGCAGACUGCUUCUAGUUCUUAAAUCAUUUGAAACCACCUUGUAUGUAUAGCAUGGUUAAGAUUUAUCCAUUAUUUGUAAAUCAUGGGACUUCAAGUGCAAUUACAAAAGCCCUCUUGUUAUUUAAAGCAGUCUAUGGUCAAUGUUUGAGGUAUGUUUUGGAUUAGUGUCCUGUUGUAGAAGUUUAGCUUCAGUUUCUUGAUUAUCUGUCACUAAUUUGCUUUCAGAAUUUGUUAUUAUUUUAUGUAAUCCAUUCUGCACCAUUGGCUGCCACACCAACCGUCCAAUUAAACCAUGUUAACACAAGCAACAGUGCGCUCUGAAACUGUCAUCAGCGGGCAGUUCCUGAUAACAAUUCUUAAUCUUCUAAUAAGUCAAUUAGAGCUUUUGAGACUUUAAAGCUAAUGUCAAAACUUCAUCAAAAUGUAUCAAAUAUUAAGUAGCUGUGCAUUCAUAUUUUGCAGGAUUAUUUUUCGAAUUUGCUAUAGAGUUCAAAUUCAAAUCCGUAGUUUGGCAAGGUGUACUAUAGCUGCUUAUCACUGUAGUAAGUUACAGGUUGUAUAGCUAAUGCCAAGUUCACACUACACGACUUUACAAGUCGUCAGGUCGCUGUACAGUUCACACUAUACGACUGGAUCUCUUGUAAUCGGGAGUCUUUCAAGUCGGUGUGGCUUUCACACUACACGACUGAUCGGCGAUAGGGGAUUUCACACUACAUGAUCUAUCACCAACUGGAAUCGCAGGCGAGCUUCUCUGGUCUCCCAAACUACGUUUUGUCACCAAAACACAUGCGAGAAGUGACGAAAGGUUUAAUGAUACCACGUCCGAGGUUAAUAAAUAUUUUUGCAAUGCAACGUUGGUGUUAUGUUUUGUAGAGAACAAUAAGGUCAGAAAUACUGUACAACUUGUGUGUAUACCGAUGUAUUCUGAUAUAAACUAUAUUAUGCCCCUGUCCCAUCUUUUUACAUCUCCUCCCCUGUGUUCCCCCACACCGUAUCUUGCGUUCUCAUUGGCUGUCGACAUAGCACUCAUUGCCAGUUGGGCAACUCAGAUCCAGAUAUUUGACAAACUAGAUAUCUUUCUUCGGUCACCGAAUGCUCGGUGAGUGCUCAGUGAGCCGCUCGGAUCGAGUUGUUGAGUAGUUCACACAUAGCGAUUGAGAGCAAACGCCGAGUUGCUCCCGAGCCGACAAAUCUAGCGCUGACCAGUCGACAAGCGAAAAUCAGGGCAAAGAUCGUAUAGUGUGAACUAGGCAUAAAGAGGAAGAAAAGUUGGGACAUUUGGCGAGUAGGACAAUGCCAGGUCUCAUUCUGCAUGUGCUACAACAAAGUGGCUUCAUAGACACAGAAAGAAAGAGAAUCAAACAGGGUGACCAUAAGCAGCUAAAGUCUUGCAUCAAGCAGAAAUGAGCAAAAAUUACACUUGCAAAACUGCACGAUUAGUAUCCUCAUUUCCCAAUUGUUUAAAUUAAUAAGAAAGUUAAUAUAAAUUGCUCAGUGAAAACAUUGGAAUUUUGUGUUUGUACUUUUGUUAAAUAAAUCUUAAAUAAAGAUUCGAGAGAAUUAUCAAAUCACAGAUUCUCAACUGUUUUUUCCUAAAAUGGGAUUUGUAAAUGAGUAAAUGCAUUAAAUAGGGGUUAAAUGCAACAGACAAUGACCUUUUUUCCCUUUUAAAACAUGGUGUAGUAAAACACUUGUUCUCUAGAAAAUGGAAGUGCAGCACGAUAUUCAUUGUAGUUGAUUUUAGUCUUUUAGUUAUGGGUCGCCACAGCGGAUCAUUCAACCACAUAUUUGAUUUGGCACAGUUUUUACUCUGGCUAUCCUUUCUGAUGAUGGAAUAGUGCCACACGUUAGCUCCAAAAUACAUUUUCUCUUGGCUAACUGUGAUUGUUCUUUAGCUCUUCUUCCAAAGUCCAAAUAUUUAAAUAUUCUACUGUAUCAUACAGGUCAUUUUUUAUAAUCACUAUUAAGAAAAAUCCAGACCAUGAUUUCUGUUUCUAUACUCCAAUGAGCUGCUGCUAAAUUCUUGCUUUCUUGCUUUGAUUUGUUCUAAACAGCUCAGAGACUUUAAACAAGGCACUUUUGGGACUAAUUGUAUAUAUUUUCACCCAUUGGGUUUUUUGGGCAAGCAAAUGACUCAUGCUUUCAAUUCAUGUAUUUUAAACAAAACCCUAAUAAUUAUGUAACUUGUAAAAUAUUAUAUUAAAAUGGAUCUGCUGAAUUUGUGUAGACCCCGACUCAGAAAUGUGGACAGUCUUCACUAAACAGUGAAUGCUAAUAAAAAU